UAUUCGUGACGAUAGCGCGAAGGCUAGCAGUACCUAGCCAGCCACACGAGACCACGAGGAAGAAAAAGAAGAAGCGAAAGAAGCGCAAAAGAGGAAGAAGCGGGAGAUGCGCGCUGGCGGCGGCACAACCAGCUGCGGGGGCAACGAGGAGUACGCCGAGUUGGCGGACUUGGGCGGUGGGGGACACUAUGGGGCCGGCGGGGCUCAUGCGAUGGGCGGCCGUUCGACGUACGCUCGCCACACGGGCGGUCGGGGUGGCGGCAGAGCACCGAUGCCGGCAGAAGCCGAAGACGUGCUGGGGCCAUCGAACGGAAGUCCUAGGAGUUACGCUAGGGGGCGUUCGGGGUUGUACUACUCACCUCCAGGUACUUCUUAUACAAUAGUGGAAAGACCUAGUUCUGUUAUGCAUCACCAUUCUACUAGAGAUUAUGCUUACAACUCUUUGAGCAGUCCAAGAGGAACAUACUUGGGCUCUAAUCCGAACUUCAGCACGACUUCAGCCUCCAGCCGCACCCCCUCCGCCUCCAACAACAAAAAGCGUCCCAUCUCUCCCGAACAAGUCCUUCGCCUCUUCGGGAACAACAACCCUUCCUCGACAGUAGUUAAAACGGGAAUCGAAAGACCUAGGAGGUCGCCUGCCAGUAGCCCCCCUUCCACUGCGCACCAAGUCAACAGGGAAGUGAAUUACAGGCCGGCGUAUGUCCCGAGCAUCCACGAGCUGGCGACAAGGACCGUGACAAUGGUAAGGGAACCGCAGGAUGGCACGCAUGGGUUUGGGAUCUGUGUGAAAGGAGGAAAGGAUGCUGGAAUAGGAGUGUACAUAUCUCGAGUUGAAGAAGGCAGUGUAGCAGAAAGGGCAGGUCUUCGUCCUGGUGAUUCUAUUUUAGAAGUAAACGGAACACCGUUUACAGGAAUAUCGCACGAAGAAGCUUUAAAAAUGUUAAAAUCAUGUAGAAAGUUAAGUAUGACCGUUCGAUCACCAGCUCUACCAGCUCCUGGAUACGGAGGCGGCGCUCCGUGGCAGAUGAGACAAACUUGUUCGUGGAUGGAUAGGCACGGCCGGCCAGUCUCUCCGCCUAUGGAAUACACUCGAUCGGGUCCGGUACCGCCCCAAAGGUACGGCUAUGGUAGAUCUUCAAGUAAAGACAGGAGUAUACGAAGGGUUGACCUUUGCAUAGAGCCUGGCCAAAGCUUGGGUUUAAUGAUUCGAGGGGGCGUCGAAUACAAUUUGGGAAUCUUCAUCACGGGCGUUGACAAGGAUUCGGUGGCGGACAGGGCUGGAUUAAUGGUUGGCGAUCAGAUUCUGGAGGUGAACGGCCAGUCAUUUAUGGAUGUGACCCACGAUGAGGCCGUAGCUCAACUAAAAUACCACAAGCGUAUGUCCUUAGUGGUGAGGGACGUCGGGAAGGUCCCACAUUCUUGCACUGCCUAUGAUAGAGACUGGGACCUUUGUAGUCCAGGAAGUAGAGCUGCGCAAACAACUCGGAAAUGGGCGGCGGCGCUGCAAAUGGUGGAGGAGAAAGCGAGAAUCCUGCUUAGUCGCCCAGAAUUCACCACAUUGUGCUAUUAUACAGACGAGUAUGCAGCAAGACAUAUGACCAUAGAUGCCUUCGUUCAAGUCAUGACUGAACUUCUAAACACCCCUGAUAAGUAUACACUAAUGACCGAAUUAAGAGAAAUUGUAGCCCUCGACGACCGCGCAAAGUUUGACGAAUUAGUUUAUAGAAGAGAAAUCGACUCUUCCAGAAUUAGGGAUCCUAGGGAACAUGAUUAUAGGCAUUCCAGGAGAAAAGGAAUGCCAAUUCCAGAUUCUAACCAUGCGAUAUACUCUGGUUAUGAGGAAUACGGUGAGGUGCAACCACCCAGUAUAAAUAUACAAAAUGAGGGUGACUACCAUCGCUCACCAAGUGAGGAUUCUGGUUUAGGAAUGGGGAUAGCUGAUAAAAAUCUAUCAAGAAUACGACCGGCAAGCGCUACAGGAAAAUUAAAUGAUAACGAAGAUCACCAAAACCAGGAAUACGUGAGCGGCGACGAAGAUAAUCCUGUAGGAAACAGAAGCAGGCGGCAUUCGAGUCCCGGGGAAUCGAGAACUGGGAGUACGACGGCCCUACAUCAACAGGAUUACCCCGACUCCGUGAGUAUUCAUAAUCAAUUAAGAGAACAUUUACUGAGAACUUAG